UUUGCUCAGGGUUUGCUAGUCGCUUCAUACUCAUCAUUCCUCCCGGUUCUUCAUGCCAAGGGAACUACGACUCCCAUGAAACCGCAUAGUGCCUACUGUUAAUAUCAAUAUGGCUUCUGUCUGUCAGACAAAGGCAAAUCUGUCUCGCAUCGAAAUGAAAUCAAUUUAGGAGGACAGCGAGGGCGAGCUAAGCAAACAAAAUCCCCGGUGCAUAUUUGUGUCGGGAAUCAGGGGAAACAGUUACAGUAGGACCAAUACAUUGCCCAGUAAUUAAAUGCUGUGGUGGACAGAGGCCCAAGAUUCACAGAUCAAGAAUGUCUCAUUACACAGACGAGCCUCGGUACACCAUCGAGCAGAUCGACCUGCUCCAACGGCUGCGUCGCACGGGCAUGACCAAGCCGGAGAUCCUGCACGCGCUGGACACCCUGGAGCGGCUCGACCGCGAGCACGGGGACAAGUUGGCCGCCCGCCCCCCUUCCUUUGUCCGCCCGGGCCCACAACAACGGGCCUGGGCGCUAAAACCAAACAACCUGCGCCCGUCGCCGGGCGGCAACAGCAACAGCAGCAUUACCGCCUCCUCCUCCACCGGCAAAACCUCCAGCCCCCUCGCCUCGUCCAACUGUAACGCCUCAGCCGCCAUCGCCGCGGCCACCUCCACGACCUCCACGGCAACCCAGACGGCCUAUCGGGGUGCCGCUCUCUCACCAUCCUCAGCCAACAACUACGACACCUCGCCCCCUCCCAUGGCGCUGCCACUCUCCCUGCCCCCGCCCUCCAUGCCAACCCCGAUGCCCCUGCCUACCUCGGCCCAGAACGGGCGCGGGGACGCCUUGGCCGUCAUGCCCAACGGUAAGCUCUCGCCGCCCCGCUACCCCGUCACCAGCGCCCCCCCGCGGCCCUACGGGUACGAGCCUACGGAGGACGAGCUGGACAUCGAAGACAAGGUGGAGGAACUAAUGAGACGGGACAGUGCCAUAAUAAAGGAGGAAAUUAAAGCCUUCCUGGGGAAUCGGCGUAUCUCUCAGGCAGUGGUGGCUCAGGUCACAGGUAUCAGUCAGAGUCGUAUCUCCCACUGGCUGCUGCAACAGGGCUCUGACCUCAGCGAACAGAAGAAACGCGCCUUCUUCCGCUGGUACCAGCUAGAGAAGACUACGCCUGGUGCCACUCUGAACAUGCGCCCCGCCCCUCUGGCCUUGGAGGACAUUGUGGAGUGGCGACAGACUCCGCCUCCCUUAGGCUCCACCCCUGGCAGUUUCGCCCUCCGCCCGGGCAGUCGCCAAUGGAGCAGAGUGUCUGGCAGUGAUGGGAGGACUCAAGAGUGUCUGGCAGUGAUGGAGAGCUACUUCAAUGAUAAUCAGUACCCCGAUGAGGCCAAAAGGGAGGAGAUCGCCAACGCCUGCAACGCAGUCAUCCAGAAGCCAGGGAAGAAGCUGUCGGACCUCGAGAGGGUCACAUCCCUCAAAGUUUACAACUGGUUCGCCAACCGGCGGAAGGAGAUCAAGCGAAGAGCCAACAUAGAAGCAGCAAUCCUGGAGACGCAUGGGAUCGACGUCCAGAGUCCUGGCGGUCACUCCAACAGCGAUGACAUUGACGGCGGCGACUACCCAGAGCAGGUGGCCUCGGAUCAAACUCUAGGAGGGAGAGCAGUGGCCAGAGCGUUUGGCUUCAGCAGAGGUGGCCUGUCAUCUCCCACUCAGGUCCCCACUCUGCUGCCCAGCUGGCUCUCCCCCUGGCCCAGUCCGGGCAGGGUGGGCCUGGCAGCUCAGAGGGGGGCAACUGCUGGUGGCGCCCCCUUGGGGCGAUUCUUGGCAGGGCAGCAGGGGCAACAACAACAACAACAACAACAACAACAGCAACAACAACAACAGCAGCAGCAGCAGCAACCACAGCAGCAGCAACCUCAACCUCAGCAGCAGCAGCAGGCGUCGUCCGAGGCCUCCAGACUGACCGCUGUCUCCUGGUCUCCCUCCCCCCCCCAGGAGGACGGACCGGCAGGCCAUGGCGGCGAGCACCAGGACCCGAUCACGCUAGCAGUGGAGAUGGCCGCAGUCAACCACACCAUCCUGGCCCUCGCUCAGCAGGCCACCGCGGGCGCCGGCGACAUCAAGACCGAGGUGCUGGACGACGACUGAGUCACCGCCACGCCACCCACCACCCGCCACCUGUGCCGUCCCGUCCUACAGACACCCCACCCCCCCACAC